CUGUGUAAACUCAGGAAACUGAUUUCUUAAAAAGUGGCUGGUGCAGAUUUGGUCGCUCCGUCUAAUCUAUCAGUGUGCUCCGAGACUGUACGUGCUUGCGUUUUCAGUUCAGGAGAUAACACUGUUGAUUGUGGGGGAUUUUUACACAUUUGGCCCCGUUAUCUGCGGUGACAGUGGGGGAGAAUCACCCUCGACGUGGACGUGGUCAGUUGGCGUGUCCCGACUUGGAGUGACGGCUGUGCAGUCCUAUGAUACCUCCUAAAGACUUCUGCACUGUCCCCCUUUUCUAACAAACUAUAUCGCUAACUUUAGUUAUUUUUUCGUGACCUAUUUACAACUUCGUCGGAACUUGAAGACAGUCGGGGUCCAAGAUGUCUGUAGCGGGCUUGAAGAAGCAGUUUUAUAAAGCCAGUCAGAUGGUAAGUGAGAAAGUCGGAGGUGCAGAAGGAACUAAACUAGAUGAUGACUUCAGGGACUUGGAACGGAAAGUAGAUGUGACCAGUAAAGCAGUAGUGGAGGUAAUCUCCAAAACAUCAGAGUACCUUCAGCCCAACCCAGCUUCUCGGGCCAAACUGUCCAUGUUGAACACCAUGUCUAAGAUCCGUGGUCAGGUGAAGAACCCAGGCUAUCCUCAGGCCGAGGGGCUGCUAGGAGAGUGUAUGGGCAAGUAUGGACGGGAACUGGGAGAGGACACUAACUUUGGCGGAGCACUAGUAGAUGUAGGGGAGGCCAUGAAGAGAUUGGCAGAAGUCAAAGACUCUCUAGACAUUGACGUCAAGCAGAACUUCAUUGAUCCGUUGCAAGGCCUCUGUGACAAGGACCUCCGAGAGAUACAGCACCACCUGAAGAAGCUUGAAGGCCGUCGCCUGGACUAUGACUACAAGAAAAAGCGUCAGGGAAAGAUACCAGAUGAGGAGGUCCGACAGGCCCUGGAGAAGUUUCAUGAGUCAAAGGAAGUGGCUGAGACCAGCAUGUACAACUUGUUGGAGACUGAUAUCGAGCAGGUGAGCCAGCUUUCAUCCCUGGUGGAGUCCCAGCUGCAGUACCACAGACAGGCUGUACAGGUGCUGGAGGAGCUUUCUGACAAACUCAGAGACAGGAUGAAUGAGGCUCAGUCUCGACCAAGGCGUGAAUACACACCCAAACCCAAACCUAUCUUUGACUUUGGAGAUAACAACCAUUCAAAUGGCGGAUAUUCAACCUCAAUGGCGCCUCCACCUUCAUGUACCUCAGAGCGGUCUUUUCAGUCGGCCAGAUUGUCCUUUCGGAAACCCAGAUUGCCCCCGGAGCAGCCGAGCUGUAAGGCGCUGUACGACUUUGAGCCGGAGAACGAGGGAGAGCUGGGCUUCCACGAGGGUGACAUCAUCACCCUGACCAAUCAGAUCGACGAGAACUGGUACGAGGGUAUGCUGAACGGCCAGUCGGGAUUCUUCCCCCUCAACUACGUCGAGGUCCUCGUCCCACUCCCACACUAAUGCAAAGAGAGCAGGAGAGCUGAGAGGAGACUGAUGGAGAGGUAGAAUUAGUAGAGAGGGAGGAAAGUGAAGCCAAGGGAUGGUCCACAGAAGAUUCAUUUUCAGCCUUCAGCUCCAGCGUCAUCCUCACAGACGAGUACUUUUUAUCAUCUAGAGUUCUGGGGAAGAUUGUUACAUUUCAAAGUCCAGACCAGAAUAUCAACCUGUUCCACCCAAAGGUUAAAGGAUCUAGACUUAAGAUGGACACAAAAUGUUGUUACCCGUUAUCUGCCAGUCAGAAACAUUUCUUGAGGGACUAACUGAUGAAACAUUUCUAAGCAAUAUUUUUUCUUUAACCGCAAAUUACUGAUACAGUAAAGAGAAUCGUAUUAAAUCUGGUGAUUACGACAACCAGGGACGAUGCGUUUAAAUCGUCCUCUUUGUGUGACUGCAGUCCGUUUAAAACUCAGGUUGGUCACCAGUGAGUCAGUUUUCCGACUGGAGAGGGCAACUCAAACCUCGCAGUAAUGUCAUGUAACUUGACUGAAUAUUAUACUCAUUUCAAAACUGAAAUCAGUUGUCUGAUGGACUGGAGCUCAUCUCUUGAUGCCACCUGCUGGCGUGACUGAGAAUUACUUUGAUCUAAACUAAAAUGGAACCACACAUGAACAGAAAUGUAGUUUUAGUUUCAUGUUUAAAAAAAAAAAAAAAGAAAUACUGCUUCACAUUUUUAAUGAGAAACAUGAGCCAAAUUUAUCUCAGAUUUGUGAUUUAGACUGUUUUCAGGUUUUGGCCUCUUUGUUAAUGCUCCUUUUCUAAGCUGUCCAGUCAUGAUGACGAUAGCUUCAGAAGACAACAGUGGGUUCUUUUGUAUUGUUUCAGUAUUAGAUUUAUAUUAGUCUCGACUUACUACAGUAGUUUUAAAGAGUAGAACUUAUUACUGAAUAUGUGAGAAAAUGAAAUUGCACCUUGGUCCUCAGAUGAGAUUGAUGUGUGUGUGACAGACUUACUCCACCGUUUUACAAAGACCCAAAGUUAAAUGCAGACAUUGCACCUUUUUGUCACUUAAGGCAGGCAGUGUGUAGAAAUGCAGAAUGAUUAGAGGUUUAGUGGUUGUCUGCUCGUCUGUUUAAUAGAAGACACAGAGCCAAAAAGUCUUUAUAAAAUGCAAUAGCAACAUAUCACUUAGUGCACCUAUUUGUUAACGUGCUAGAUGUUCUCUAACAGCCAUACUUUCAUUUAGUUCUGGGCCCGUUUGUCUUAUCAUGUUAAGCCCUCUCUUUUUUUUCCCUAAGUCUUUUGACACAUUUUAGGCGCUUGCUAAUUCCAUGCCUGUCUAAACGACGCUGCUGGCAGCGACUCAGUCUUUUGCGUACAUCACUAACUGUCCCACUGUGUCUGCCUGCCCUCGUGUCUUUGAGAAUGUGAAACUCACCUCUGUGCUUUGAAGCUUUUAGUCCGACCCUGUGAUUCUGAUCAUUCACAAUGGUUCUGAUUCGAUUUGUUUGUUGGUACAAUGGGCUGAUGUAGACCAAUCUGUUUAGACAAGGCUGGUUCCUUGUUUUGAAUCGAGCCACAGCCCACGCCUGCAGAUGGAGUCUAAUCCAGCAUACACUGCACAGUAUGAGGGAAAAGACCCAGAGUGAAAGGGAAAACAUCAAGGGAAAAAUUAUUUUGCUGAUUUGGAGAACCCUUCUUACCAAACAUUAGUCCUUACCAAACAAGUAUCAUCAGUCCUGAUUGUCUCAAGGGGGGGGAAAGUUUCAAAUGUGAAUGACAAAUACGUACUCUUUCACUGUUUGCAGUAUCAUUCUGCUGCAUUAACCCUCUCAUGUGUGUUUGUCCUUCGCUCCACGCCGCCAAACACAUCCCCCACUCCUGAGCUUGUUCCUCGUCUACAUAUGUUUACAUCUCUGAUUUUACUACAUUUCAAUGUUUUUAUCAACUUCAGGGCAGAGUUAAUGGACUGUAGGAGGUGCUGUCUGGAUCACACUGUCAUCAGAGAAAAAACAAAGUCCUCACUCGUUUUGUUUUUGUGCCUUUUGAAAAGAAAAGGAGGGAAAGUACCGCAACUAAUACAGCAACCAAAACCUAACCUAGCUACUUAAAAACAAUGGUCAAGAAUUUCUUUUUUUUCCACUUUUAGUUUUAUGUCUAGCCUUUGGCACUUUUCCUGUGUAAAGAUGAAAUGCAUGUGUGCACAUUUCUGCACAUUUAUGACACUACAGCCGUUUCCUGAACAUGUUGUGUUUAGAUAAUGUGAGGUUUAUCAGCAAACCACCAGUGGAAACUUUUUAUGUAGAUUUUAAUCCAUGUUUGACAAAAAAAUGUCCCACUCAUUUCUUUUUUAAAGGGCUAUGUGUUUGUUUAAUCAGUCUUAAAUGCUCUUUUGAACAGCAUUAAAUCAUUCUGGCUCUCUAUAGUAUUAUUUUUUAUAUACAAGACCUUAAAACAUUUUAAAUUAAUCUUUGCAUGUAGUCCUGUAUUACACCUUGUAAAUGUAUGUCUUAGAUUUAAGUUGCCUUUUUACUUUUGGUAUGAGUACAGAAUUUAACCGCAAUAUUUUGUCCUUUAUUAUUCAAGCAUUUGUAUGUGCUUCUUUCACAUCCCCCACUUCCCCCAUUCUUACAAUAAAUAAAAAGGAAAAACAUUUAA